CCUUCAUUUUCAUUUGUGCUUGCAGUAUCUAAAGUGGACCCAUUGCACCUUGAGUAUUUUGUUUUCUCUGGGAGGAUUAUUGCAUUGGCCUUGUUGCAUAGAGUGCAAGUAAGCAUCACGUUUGAUCGUGUGUUCUUUAGGCAACUAGCUGGAGAGGAUAUUUCGUUUGAAGACAUUAUAGAUGCUGAUCCCUACUUGUACAGAGGGUGCAAAGAGAUACUGGAGAUGGAUGCUAAAGUGGUGGAUGACGAUAUCCUAGGCCUAACAUUUGUGUGUGAAUAUGAAGAAUUGGGAUGUAGGAACGUUGAAGAGCUUUGCCCUAAUGGGAGAAGUAUGAUAGUGAACAGUCGAAAUAGGGAUAACUAUGUGAAUCUUCUUGUUAAACACCGGUUUGUGACAUCGAUCGCUCAUCAGGUAGCCCAUUUUGCUCGAGGUUUUGCUGACAUAAUUACUGACCGAGAACUCCGGGAAUCCUUUUACAGGAUCCUAGAUCAUGAAGACCUUAACAGGAUGCUUCAUGGGAGUAAGACUGCUGUUUCUGUACAAGACUGGAAAGAACAUACAAAUUACAAUGGCUACAAAAAAGAUGAUCCUCAAAUAUCCUGGUUCUGGGAGGUAAUUAUUUCUUGUUAUGUUUCCAGAGUAUUAACUAUCGAGAAGUAUAGACCUUUGAUCUUUUCUUUCUUCAUGUGGUGGAUUUCUGGGCAGCAUUUUUAAAGUUUUUCUUUUCUAUUACUGCAGAUAGUUGGAAGUAUGUCGGCAGAGCAGAGAAAUGUGCUUCUCUUCUUCUGGACUUCAAUCAAGUCUCUGCCUGUUGAGGGUUUUGGUGGUCUAGAUUCGAAACUUCACAUCUACAGACUCUCAGGCUCUCAUGAUUGCUUGCCUACCUCGCACACUUGCUUUUAUCGCCUGAGUUUUCCUCCUUAUCCGUCUAUGGAAGUCAUGCAAAAUCGCCUUAACAUAAUCACCCAAAAUUAUGUUGGUUGCAGCUUUGGUGCCGCGUGAUGGGCAAAUUUGGUACAUGCAUGUGAUAUGGAAUAUUUCUUCUAAAUAGA